AUGGCUGUGGCUCGAAGAACAAUGGUUCAGCCGCCGGCGUCGGCAUUACCUCCUUUGCCUGCUUCAUUAGGCAACACAAACACAUCUUUACAGCGAUUUUCUGCUGCAAGUCGCAUUGGUGCUGCUGGAUCCUCAUCUCAUAGCGAUAUUAAGCGGCCAUAUCCUAGUGAAUUUGGAAACGGACCAAUAAUUUCUCGAAAAACAGCUCGGCCUGUUGAAAAAUCGAAAGGUCUUCGACAUUUUAGUCACAAAGUUUGUGAAAAGGUUCAAUUAAAAGGACGAACGAAUUAUUCUGAGGUUAGUAUUCUAAUAGCUAUUCGGAAAUUUUUUCAAAUUUUUUCUUUUAAACAACAACAAGAUAUGAAAAAUAUACGCCGUCGUGUGUAUGAUGCAUUAAAUGUUUUCAUGGCAAUGAACAUUAUUGAGAAGGAGAAAAAGGAAAUUCGUUGGGUUGGCUUACCCACAUCAUCUGUUCAAGAAUGUACUAAAUUAAAAGAAGAAAGGAUACAACUACAAAAUUCGAUACGAGAAAAAACUGCACAGUUGCAAGAUCUAAUAACACAAUUAGUGGCAUUUAAAUGUUUGGUUGAACGAAAUCGCGAAAAUGAAUCUGACAGUACGCAGCAAGAUCAAGCAACAUUGUAUCUUCCUUUUGUGGUAAUCAGUACAGAAAAGAAGGCAUGUGUUGAAUGCAAAAUCUCAAAUGACAAGUCAGAAUAUUCCUUUAGCUUCGAUCGUCUUUUUGAAAUAGAUGAUGACAUCGAAGUUCUAAAGCGCCUUGGUAUGGCACUUGGUCUUGAAUCUGGAAAAAUCGCACCUGAUAAACGUUCUGUGUUUAAAGAAAUUCUACCACGAGCUGUUCAAGAACACUUAGAUGAAAUUUUUGCCCGUAAUUCAUUUUUUUUUCUCUUCCUUUUUCUCAUCUUCUCGAUAUUCUAUUUACUUUUCUUUUUCCAGCUGAUGUUUUCGAACAAAUGGAACAUUCUUCAAAAUCACAUUCACAUAUGCCUGCGAAUCCUGAACCCAGAAAAUUUUAGCGUGAAUUACAAUAUUGCACCAGUCACACACUAUGGUGGAAAUCAGGGUCAUAAUACAAUCAUCACUAGUCAAUCUCGUUCAUACAAUGAGGCACAACCAGCUAUGGUUAGAUCUUCACAAACCCAGUAUGCUGUUAUGCAGAGAAGUUCAGCACAAGUUCCACCUGGCACAUUUACUAUGGUAUUUUUAUAA